AUGAGCAAGAAGUCUUUAUUACUUACAACAUUGGUCGUUGUUAAAUGUAGUGAUUUAGAGAAAUAUGUAGCAUUCGAUUCGCGUUUAAAGAUUUAUAUUUCACUGAUAGAAGUUUUAUUCGACGAGGGAAAAUUCAACGAUUGUCACAUCAAAUUCCAAACAACAGUCAAAGAUUUUUAUUACCAUGCAGGACAUCGUGAUCAUCAUCAUCAUCAUCCAUAUGUCCGAAAAAAAACAACAUCAAAACCAAAUCAAACAGAAGCAAAGAAUGAAGAAUAA